CCGACUAUCUACAGUUUUCAGUUUCUUAGAACACAUUGCUGACAGUACUAGUUAAAGAUUUCGAAUUUAAAUAUAGUCAGUGUUGAUGUUUUGAUACGUACACUGGGAACAUAUUUAGAAUAAGGACAAAUUCUAAAAGAAAAUGAAGCAUAGAAGGCAAGUUCAACUUUUAGAGAAAUUAAGUUAUCCAGAGAAUGAGAGAAGUAGUACAGUAUAUCCUCCUCCCUGGUCUAUAGUUUUUGGGACCUCACUAAUUCUAAUAGUUUGUGGAAACUAUUUCUCCUACACCGUUAAACUUGAGGUCUGUGAGGGGGGAGCAACAAAAAUUCGUCAAGAAAACCUUGCACUACGACAGAGAAAUAGAGAGCUGCAAUACAAACUGCAUGCAGCUUUACAGGAAAAGUUAGCAGUUCUAGAGGACUCAAUAUCAAUGGUUGCAGAGAGAAAAGAGGGAGUAGAAAGAGAAGAUGAUCUUAGUAAAGAAAACAGUGAAUUAAAGCUAGAGUUGGAUAAAAAGUCUGUUGAAUUAAACGAGGCGAAUAUGGAGAUUUUGAGACUUAGGCUUGAGCUACUUGAUUUACCAGUCCCUGAAGAAUUGUGAAUAAUGCCUAAUCAAUGUGAUAAUUAAUAUUUGUUAUGUUAAUAUUUAUUUUUAACAAAAUUGUAU